UUUUAAAAAUUAUAAAUAUUUUUCAGAAAUUAACAUCAGUCUAACAAAUAGCCCCUAUAAUGGGUUGAGUGGAUAGUUAUAAAUUUUUCAAACAACGACGGGAUAUUUAUAAUUAUGACGAAUCUUGUAAAAGCCCGCCAUAAUUUACCUGCAUGUGUGUGCCUUGAGUUGGUAAUACUGCUCCUAACUUAACUGUUAUUUCCACACAGUUUGUAAAUGCAUCCAAAUUGGUGUGACUAAACUCUAAGCACCUGCACACAGGCCAGUGCUGUAGACUUAGAUAUCAGAGCAAUUCACAUCACGGAAAUCAUGUCAAGUGUGCACACCCAUUGGUGCUACCAUUGCAGCGCACCAAUUUGCCCUGAAAAUUCAGUUUGCCCAUACUGUCAUGGAGGCUUCAUUCAGGAGCUGCACGACAUAGCCGCAUCGCCUUCAGGCAAUGAGCCGGGUACAGAAUCCAGUAUCAUGAGUGCAUUUGCUGCUUACAUGAGACAGAUAAUGGCAACGGCACAGCCUCAUCUCCACGUUAGACCUCGACCAGGCAUGAUCCCGGAAAGAAGUGUGGGUGAGGGCGUCGGUCCAGGGCCUCCAGCCCAUUUCUUGGUGUACCACGGCUAUCCUCCGGUUGGUGUACCGGUUCAGGAUCCUUCUGGUUAUAGUGGCCCUUGGAUGGGGCAACAGCAUGCUGAUUAUCACAAUUUCCUUGCCGAGCAUACGUUGCCUGAACUGAUUGAGCAGACGAGUACAAACGAAAGGCAUGGUCCGCCUCCUGCUCCUCGUUCCGCUAUUGAUGCUUUGCCAACCAUUAGGAUUUCCCAGAGGCAUCUUAAUACUGAUGCACAUUGCCCAGUGUGUCAGGAGAAAUUCCGGUUGGGCUCAGAGGCAAGAAAGAUGCCCUGUGAUCAUAUUUACCAUUCGGAGUGCAUUGUUACUUGGCUGGUUGAACAUAAUUCAUGCCCUGUUUGCCGUUCUGAGCUGCCUCCAACGGGUUCUGGGAACGCUCGUGCUGGCAAUCCAAGCAGCACGCGUGCAAGAAGUGGAAGAAGGGAUAGAGAUUCUCGAAAUCAAGGGUCAUGUAAUCCUUUCUCAUUCUUGCGGCGUUCCCACUCAUAAGAUCAAACGCAACGUAAAUAGCAUUUUUACUGCUCAAUGAUUCAAGUAUUUAUACACUGCACAAUAUUAGUGUGUUUAUCUCCCCAUA